AUGAAUUCUGAGAACGCUUCAGAUGAAAGCGCCGCUGAUCAGGUCGCCACAUUGGCUACACCUCAGCAGAUGAAAAUUUCAACCUCAAGCACUCAACACCAUGAUAGGAAUGACAAUGAACAAAAUCAUGCACCGGUCAUUGAGUCCGCUCCGGAUACCUUUCAACGAUUUCGAAAUCUGCCAACAGAAUUAAGAUUGAGGAUAUGGAAGUUUGCGGGUUUGCAGCCACGUGUUAUUCAUGUUACCACCUACAACGAUACGUGGCCAGAAAACGUUUAUCUCUGUCCGACUAUGCCGCAGCAGUGUCCUUUGACAAUGACGUGUAUGGAAUCGCGUGAUGUGGUGCUGAAGUUUAAGAAGCCUCUGCAAGGUCUCGUUUUAAGAUCGAAAACUUACAUUGAGAAUUCUGAGCGAAGAGGCCCUUACCAACCUGAUACGGAAUAUGACAGUCGAAUUUUUGGCCAAGUCGAAGCCGAAAUGCUCAUGGGAGGGAAUGAGAUGCGAGGAUCCUUAGAGGACAUUCAUGAGGCCUACAAGAAAGGCUUUGACGAUUCCCGCAACUUUACGAUAAGAUGUUUUCAACAGGAUCUAGUCAAAUCAGGACAUCUUGAUGACAAAGAUCAACGCGAAUUACAAAGACUACUGGCCUGGGAACCACCGAAGAUUGAGUACAUCAAAGAGUCCCAGAUCAAUGAUAGUCUAUGA